UGUAACAAUCUCUCCGCGCAUGUUCACAGUCUCCGGGUGGACGGUGUUUUCCUCUCCGCUCAGAGCUGAAGUUGUUCGGCUGUGUGAUCGGGAAAGAUUUUCGUCUCUUCCGUCGGGAUCACUGUCUGGGGGCCGAAGAUAUCACUUUCCCAUCGUUUGACCUGCAGUGAGAGAUUUAUUGGAAGAAAACCCAGGACUGAAGACGAGGGAACAGCAACAAGUGAACCAGCCCGAGGACUGAGAGCAUCAACUGGAGAGAAACCAAUCUGGCUCGGAGAUUCCGGUGAUUCAGUCAGGAGAAAGUUUGGCCUGCUACAUAGAUUGUGUGAAAGUGCAGAUGAACUGGAUCGAACCCAGAGGAGUUCAAAGUUCCUAUCGACUGUGAUUUACCAACUGUGAAAAUGAAUACCUCUCUGUAUAAAAUUCACUGUGCACAUCUUGUCACUGGGUAAAAAAUGAACAGUACACGAUUCAUGUGCACACUGGUUACUACAAAUUAGAGGGAAUAUUGGAGGGAAGGAGGGGAGACUUCCAGUGUCCCUGAUGCCCUCACCUACAAGAUGUGUAUUCAGCUGCAGUUUGUAACCCUGCACUUUAAGGUGUUGGAUCUUGAAAUGGGUGAAUUCCAGAUCAUCCAGCAGUAGGACGGGGUGAAAGAUAUGACAUGAAGAGAGGUGAGUUCCACCCAAGGUGCAGGACACAGGAAACUGGGUGAGAAUCGGGAAGGGGAAUGAGAUUAAAUAGCCAUCGUAGAGUACUCCAGUGCCAUGCCUGCACAAUAACAAGAGGAACACUUUAGAAACUGUUGGGGGGAGGAAAGUCAAAGGGCUGAUAAGUGGCUUUGUUAGGGGAACAGAGCAAGAGGCAAUUAAUAUCUUAGUGGUAAGGCUUACUAGAGCUAGUGGGGGUUGGGGCUGAUAUGGUUAAAGUAAGUUGUAGGGGGAAUGGGAGCCAGAAUGACAGAACAGAUAGUGGAGAUGGUGAAUUGAAUUGACUUUAUUAUGUACAUCCUUCAUAUAGAUGAGUAGAAAUAUUUACAUUACAUUACUGUCUAAAUGUGCAAUGUGUAAUUGAAAUUGAUUUAUAAUGUUUAGUUUGUAUAUAGGACAGUCAAGAAAGCAAUUAAUCAGUCUGAUGGCCUGGUGGAAGAUGAUGUCCCGGAGCCUGUUGCUGUGGUACCGUUUCCUGGAUGGUGGCAGCAAGAACAGUUUGUGGUUGUGAACUUUUUUAGGUGUAUAAGAUGAUGAGGGGUAUUGAUCGUCUGGAUAGCCAGAGGAUUUUUCCCAGGGCUGAAGUGUCUAACACGAGGGAGCAGAGUUUUCAGGUGCUUGGAAAUAGAUACCGACGGGAUGUUGGGGUAAGUUUUCUACACAGAGCCUGGUGGGUGCAUGGAAUACACUGCCGACUUCACUGUUUCAGUUACUGUGGGGCCAGGCAGCUCAGUGGGAACAAGGAAUAAUACCAAUGGAGAGAGUCAAACUCAGCCAAGGUACAAAUUGGAGAUGGCAGAAAUGCCUGAUUCUUAUAGAAACGGGAACAGCAUCAGGGAAUUGAUGGUCAUUCCAGAUACCAGCACUGUGUCCAGUUACAAGAUGAUUUCUCUCACCAACUUGGGUUGAACCUCACUUUAACAGUGUGAUGUCAGAUCACACCUUGACAACUCAAGUGAUCUCAUCUGAAAUGUUGUCCUACACACAUUGAUGGAUUUUGUAAAUCUUUUUACAGGUUAAAAAUGACAAGGAAUUUGUCUACGGGAAUCCCGAACACAACACACCAGUUUUGCUGUCUCUGUCCAGAUACUUAAGAAGAGGAGCAAGCGAUUCACUCGAUCAUCCUUCCUGCUCAGACUGCGGAGAGGGAUUCACUCGAUCAUCUGACCGACUGGCACGCCUGUAAUUUCAAACAUCUGCUCAGACAGUGGGAAUGGAUUCAGUCGGUCAACUCAACUGAAGGUACAGCAGCAAGUUCACACAGGGACGAGACCAUUCACCUGUUCUGUGUGUGAGAAGGGAUUCAGUCAGUCUUCCCACCUGCAGACACAUCAGUCAGUUCACCCUGGGCAGAGGCUGGUCAUCUGCUGAAUUUGUGGGGAAGGAUUCACUCGGUCAUCUGACCUAAUGGCUCACCAGCGAGUUCACACUGGAGAGAGGCCGUUCACCUGCUUGGACUGUGGGAAGGGGUUCACUUGGUCAUGCCAUCUGAAGCUACAUCAGAGAGUUCACACUGGGGAGAGGCCAUUUACCUGCUCAGUCUGUGGGAAGAGAUUCACUCAGUCAUCCAGCCUAAUGGCUCACCAGCAAGUUCACACUGGAGAGUGGCCGUUCACCUGCUUGGACUGUGGGAAGGGGUUCACUCAGUCAUGCCAUCUGAAGGUACAUCAGCGAAUUCACACUGGGGAGAGGCCGUUCACCUGCUCAGACUGUGGGAAGGGAUUCACUCAGUCAUCUGAACUGAAGGUACAUCAGCGAGUUCACUCUGGUGAGAGGCCAUUCACCUGCUCAGACUGUGGGAAAGGAUUCACUCAGUCAUUUAAGCUCAAAAUACAUCAGCGAGUUCACACUGGAGAGAAGCCGUUCACCUGCUCAGACUGUGGGAAGGGAUUCACUCAGUCUGCCCACCUACGAUCACACAUGUCAGUUCACACUGGGAAGAGGCCGUUUACCUGUUCAUACUGUGGGGAGGGAUUCAUUUUGUCAUCACAGCUGCUGGCACAUCAGCGAGUUCACACUGGGGAGAGACCGUUCACCUGCUCAGACUGUGGGAAGGGAUUCACACAGUCGUACAGCCUACUGGUUCACCAGCGGCUUCACACCGGCGAGCGGCCGUUCACCUGUUCGGACUGUGGGAAGGGAUUCACUUGCUUAGCUAAACUGAAGCUACAUCAGAGAGUUCACACUGGAGAGAGGCCGUUCACCUGCUCAGACUGUGGGAAGGGAUUCAUUUGCUCAUCUGAACUGAAGGUACAUCGGAGAGUUCACACUGGGGAGCGGCCGUUCAUCUGCUCAGACUGUGGGAAGGGAUUCAUUCAAUCAUGCACUCUGAAGGUACAUCAGCGAGUUCACACUGGGGAGCGGCCGUUCAUCUGCUCAGACUGUGGGAAGGGAUUCAUUCAAUCAUCCACUCUGAAAGUACAUCAGCGAGUUCACACCAGAGAGAGGCCAUUCACCUGCUCAGAGUGUGGGAAGGGAUUCACUCGGUCAUCUCAACUACAGAGACACCAGCGAGUUCACACCGGGGAGAGGCCAUUCACCUGCUCAGAAUGUGGGAAGGGAUUCAGUCGAUCAUGUCAACUACAGACACACCGGCAAGUUCACACUGGCGAGAGGCCGUUCAUCUGCUCGGAAUGUUCAAAGGGAUUCACUCAGGCAUCUCACCUACUGAGACACCAGCGAGUUCACACUGGAGAGAGGCCAUUCACCUGCUCAGAGUGUGGGAAGGGAUUCAUUCAAUCAUCCACUCUGAAAGUACAUCAGCGAGUUCACACCAGAGAGAGGCCAUUCACCUGCUCAGAGUGUGGGAAGGGAUUCACUCAGUUAGGUAACCUACAAGCACACCAGCGAGUUCACACUGGGGAGAGGCCGUUCACCUGUUCAGACUGUGGGAAGGGAUUCACUCAGUCAUCCAGCCUACAAGCACACCGGUCAGUUCAUACUGGGGAGAAGCUGUUCACCUGCUGAAGCCUGAAUUAUACCUCUGCAUAGACGCUAUGCCGUUGUGAGCAUUUCUACUUGUGAUUUUGUGUGUCUGCAUCACUGCCAAAAUGCUAGUUGGUGUUGGGGUUCUGUGCUACUGUGUUGAAUUGACGUGUUGAGUUGCGAACAAUGGCGACUGCUGACUACGUCUUGUUGGAGUUGGAGCUAAUCAAUGUUGCAGAAGUGUUACUUUUUUUGAAAUUACUGCAACGCAGAAAAAUGAGAAGUUUUUCCAUUACCUUUUGCAGUCCAUGAUGUCCAAAGCAAUGUUGGAAAUUUCUUUGCACGAUUUUGAUGCCAUUUUCAAGUCUUUAUUGUCUGCCAAUGAAGAGUCGUG